AUGGUGUCGACGGAAAUCAGCGACAAGCAAGCGCUGUCCAACACCGUGCUCCAAUGUGACUCUGAAAAGCGGUCGUCCACAACUAGCCUUAGAGAUGAGACUCCCCAAGAACCCCUAACGGGAAAUGAGAAGACGGUGACGGUCUCAGAAGAGGAUGGCGGGGAACAAGAAAAGCACGACAAUGGCGGCAUAAGCAACUACUUUCGUAUCUACACUUACUGCGAUCGUUUGGACGUUGUCCUUUAUGUCGUCGCCGUCACGGGAUCCAUCCUCUCAGGAGCUGCACUUCCAUUGAUGACCAUUGUAUUCGGUCAGUUCACUACCGAUUUCGCCAAUUUCACGAGCGGCACCGAUAGCAGCGUCACUCCACAAGAGUUUCGCGACAAUGUGGACGAUUUUGUUCUCUGGUUUAUCUAUCUUUUCGUUGGCCGCUUUGUCAUUUCCUACAUUGCCACAGAAGCCGCGUCAGUGGCAGCGAUCCGCGUCACUCGUACUAUCCGCCUGACAUUCUUGGAGAGCGUACUUCGACAAGAGGUAGCGCAUUUCGAUCGCCCCAUCGGAUCCAUUUCCGCCCAGGUUACAACGAAUGGCACUCGGAUCAACCACGGCAUCGCCGAAAAGCUGGUCAUUUUGGUUCAAGCAGCAUCCUUGUUCGUCUCUGCCUUUGUCGUUUCAGUGGUGGUCCAGUGGAAGCUCGCUCUCAUCACCAUGAGCAUCAUCCCGCUUAUCAUUGUCACCAUGACCCUCAGCAUCACCAUCGAUGCCCGACUCGAAGCACCCAUCGUUCGGUUACACUCGCAGGCCGCCGCCGUCGCACAAGAAGCUCUGAGUUCAAUAAAGACGAUACAUGCAUUCUGGGCCCAUGAGAAGCUCGUCAAGACUUACGACAAGUUCCUGACUGCGGCACACAAACGGGCCAACUGGAAGCGUCCCAACACCUCCAUCGGAAAUGGUAUCUUUAACUUUUGCAUCUUUGGCGGCACCGCACUAGCCUUCUGGCAAGGCUAUCGCAUGUACGAAUCUGGUGAGAUUGACGGCGUCGGCGAAGUGCUUACCGUCGCACUGUCGGUCAGUUUGGGAGCUACGGCGGUAUCGGCUAUCGCUCCACAACUGGCACAUAUAACCAACGCUUCUGGCGCGGCAGCCGAACUAUUUUCCAUCAUUAACAAGAAAUCAAAGCUAGAUCCACUUUCACCUCACGGCGAUCGGCCUCCGAAUUGCGGGGGCGAUAUUGAGAUUCGCAAUUUGACGUUUGCAUAUCCCACGAGAUCGUCUAUCAAGGUCCUGGAUAGUCUAAACCUAUCGAUUCCCAAGGGCAAAACGACGGGUCUGGUGGGAGCCAGCGGCUGCGGAAAGUCGACAAUUGUCGGUCUGCUCGAGCGAUGGUAUGAGCCAAACGCAGGUGAGAUUCUUCUCGACGGCCGAGAUGUCGCCGAAUACAACAUCAAGUGGCUCCGCAGCACGGUUCGACUAGUCCAGCAAGAACCGGUCCUCUAUCGUGGAACAGUGUUCGAGAACGUGGCCAAGGGUCUUGUGGAUGAUCAACUUGCUUUACCUCCGCACCAGCAAUUGGAAUUGGUCAAGUCAGCCUGCGAGUUGGCCAAUGCACACACUUUCGUGGAGGAAUUGCCGCAUGGUUAUGAUACUCAAGUUGGUGAACGAGGUGGGAUGUUGAGCGGCGGCCAGAAACAACGGCUUGUCAUUGCGCGCAGCAUCAUAUCCAAUCCCAAAGUUCUACUUCUCGAUGAAGCCACCAGUGCGCUCGAUCCUCGAUCAGAGAAUAUCGUCCAGGACGCAUUGAAUAAGGCGGCUAAAAAUCGCACGACGCUCGUCAUCGCGCACAAGCUCUCGACAAUCAAAGCUGCCGAUAAUAUCGUGGUUCUGUCAAAAGGCCGGGUAGCGGAACAAGGCACUCACUCCGAGCUCCUCGCCAAGGGAGGAAUGUACGCCGCUUUGAUCCAUAACCAGCAGCUCGGUGACACCAAAGAAACCCCUGACGAGGAUGGCGGUGCUGUGAAUGAGGAGAAGGUCGCCGUCGAGGAGGCCGUCGAUGUCAACGAGGAGAAAAUGGAGCUUUCGACAGCUGUCGAGACAGCCGACACAUCUUCUCCUUCCCCAACAGCAGGCACGCUCAACUAUUCGCUUUUCCGCUGUCUCUUCAUCAUCGUUCGAGAGCAAAAGGAUAUUGGCUGGCACCUCGGCCUUCUUCUGAUGACAUGUUGUGUCAGUGGUGGAGCAUUCCCUGCCCAAGCCGUGCUCUUCUCCCGGCUGAUUGACGUCUUCACUUUAACCGGCUCGGCGGCGAGGGAAAAGGCCAACUUCUUCGCCCUUAUUUUCUUCAUCUUCGCCCUCAUCAACAUGUGCUCCUACUUAAUCAUCGGGUGGUCGGGGAUUCACGUCGGCCAAGUCAUCGUGCACCGAUACCGUGUCGAGAUUUUCCGCCGCUUACUGUAUCUCGACCAAGACUUCUUCGACAUUCCCCAAAAUUCAUCGGGGGCACUGACAUCGAAACUCUCACUGGUGCCGGAUUCCAUUAACGAACUCCUUUCCGUGACGGCCUUUUUGGUCCUCAUCUGCUUUAUCAACAUCGCCGCCUCCUGUACCUUGGCGAUAGCGUCUGGUUGGAAACUCGGCCUUGUCGUCGUCGCUGCGGGCAUGCCCGUCCUAAUUGGCUCCGGCUACGCCCGUACGAAGCUCGAACAGAAAUUCGAACGGGAGACGAAUGAGCGGUUUGCCGACACGGCGGCUCUGGCCACAGAAGCAGUCACAUCUAUCCGCACCUUGGCUGCCCUGACGCUUGAACGUCAGAUUGUUGACGAAUAUCGUAGCUCGCUAGAUCACAUUGCCAAAUCUGCCCUCUAUACCAUCAGUCUGACCUCGCUCGGCUACGCACUAUCCCAAUCACUCGAAUUUCUGCUCAUGGCAUUGGGUUUCUGGUAUGGCUCUCGCCUGCUGUCGACGGGGGAGUACAGCGUCACGCAAUACUACACCGUCUUCAUGGCCGUUCUCUUUGGCGGUCAAGCUGCAGGCCAGAUUUUCGCCCACGCCACCUCGGUUGUAAGAUCUCACUGGGGAACGAAUUGGAUCCUAUGGUUACGCACCCUCAAUGCCACGAUCCAAGAAGAAAAAGACAACGCCGAUAAGGGCCCCACCGGCGACGGUUCGCUCUUAGUCGAGGACGUGGAAUUCCGAUACAAGCAACGAGACGCCGCUCGCGUCCUUAACGGCAUGAACAUCCACGUCCCACCCGGAUCGUACGUAGCCUGCGUCGGGCCCUCCGGAUGCGGCAAAAGCACCCUUAUCGCCCUCCUGGAACGUUUCUACGACCCUUUGUCCGGGCGCAUCACCUACGGCUCAUCAGAUAUUAGACUCUACUCACCUCGUCUCUACCGCAGCCACAUCUCUCUUGUGCAGCAAGAACCAACACUCUACGAAGGCUCGGUGCGAGACAACAUCAGUGUCGGCGUCGCAAACGAACCUUCCGACCAGGAAAUUUUAGAGGCCUGCCGCCAAGCGAAUGCGCUGGAUUUUAUCACUUCCUUACCAGAGGGUCUAGAUACCCCAUGUGGCUCGAAGGGACUGCAAUUCUCGGGCGGACAGAGACAGCGUAUUGCCAUCGCGAGGGCCUUGAUCCGGAACCCGCGCUUACUUCUUUUGGAUGAAGCAACUUCUGCGUUGGAUACGCAGAGCGAGAGAGUAGUGCAGCAGGCUUUGGACAAAGCAGCAUCGUCGAGAACGACCAUUUCGGUCGCACAUAGGUUGAGCACCAUUCGUUACGCGGAUAUCAUCUUUGUUUUUGCGAAUGGGAAAGUUGUGGAACGGGGUACACAUGAGGAGUUGCAGCGGCUGAGAGGACGGUAUUGGAAUAUGUGUGUUGCGCAGGCGUUGGAUAAUAGUAGGGUUACGGGGUGA